CUGGCAGCCUUGGCUCCAGCCAGCAUUGCGCGGAGCUCCGAAGGAGCAUCUCGCAGCAGAGUGAGAUGGUGCUGGCUCUCCUCUACCUGCAGCUGGCGGCAGGUGCGCAGGUUUCGACAUCCACGGCCACGACGACCCCAGGUCCGAUUGCAGACUACCUGGCUCCUACUCAGACGGGCUCAAAUUGCUACCAGGGCGACUCGAUUUGUGACUACUCGAUCGAGUGCGAGAUGGAUGGGUAUGAGAUGGAUUGUGAAUCUUUGAGCUGCGAAGAUGAGCGAAGCUGCAGUGAGCUUGGAGAUCACUACGUGGCCAAAAAAUGGAAUGGCACAUGCGAGCACUGGCCGGACUAUUCAACUGACCGCUACAAUUGCUGCAGGUGCAAGCGCUCGGUGCCCUCGUAUGCGGCUUGGGAGAUGCUUGGCACCCCGGGCAAUGGUGCAUGCCGUGGCAGGACAGCUGAGGACAACUUGGACGACUACUACACGGUGCACCAUGGCGUUGUCGAGAUCGAGGACUGCAAAGCCCUGUGCUUGCAGCAUUUCCCCAGCUGCAAAGGCAUCGAAUACAGCCUCGGCCACUGCGAGAUUUGGACUAGACCCGAGGGGAUCUGCCAACACGUGGAGCUGCCCGUGGCAGGGUUCAGCUGCCUGCGCUUCGGAUGGGCGCCGCUGGUGCCGGUAGACGGCGGAGAGGGGCGUGCUUGCCGGGGCGACCAUUCCACGGACAACGAUGACUCCUACUACGUGGUGGUGGAUGCCGAGCUCGAGGAUUGCAAAGCCAGAUGUGUGGCGGCUCCCCUGUGCCUGGGCAUCGAGUGGAGUCCCAAGCGCUGCGAACUUUGGCAGCGGCCCAUCCAUGGCACUGCGGACAGGCCCGGCUUCACCUGUUUGGCCUUUGAGCCGUCCGGACUACCGCUCUUCACUCGGAAGCUUCUGUUGCUCUGAAUUUAGAGAUCUCCCAAAUGGGAGGGCAUGCGUGUCUAGGGGCAUUCAGAUGCCGAGUUUUGUGUUUUUUCCAAGGAGCCCAGAAACGUCACGGGUUGUUC